AUGCUCCGUGGUUACACCCAAGCUGAGUCGCGAAAAAUCUCUGAACUUGGAAAGAACGUAUUGGUUCUUAGUGAUAUCGUUAACACGAUGCGCGAAAUGUCUCAAGUAAAUUCUAAAAAAAAUCCAGAUGCAAAAGUAUCUUUGCUUCGGGAGACCGAAAGCCUUAUAAACACAAGACAAAAUACCGAAUAUUCUGAUGACGUUGAGACGCUCUGGGUCAACUACAAGAUCCUCAUUAAUCAAAAAGUAAAGAAGGAGAAUCGAUCUCUUACUCAAACUUUUAAAGUAUUGGGUAAGAAGAUUAAGUUAAGCUCUGCUACGUUGGCUGGUUUCUAUCGCCACCAAACGAAUCCACAAAGAUCUACGUUGGAUAAGAUAAAGAAAUGGGUUGAUGAAGAGGGAGAAAAUAGUAAUUUAAGAAAACAAGAAUAG